UCCACCAGUCACCACCGAUGCGUAUAUAUCAUAUAUAUCCUAUCAAAAUAUAAAUAUACAUAUAUAUUAUUAUUAUAUACUCCGUAUAUAUUAAUAUAUUGCUAUAUAUAACACAUCAAAGUGGCUCCUCUCCCCCAUCAAGUGAUCAUUUGCACUCUUGUUCAUCAGCGGGCAUCAAAUAAUUUCCUGGUGUCAUUAAUCCAGACUUAAUUGCAGGGUGCCUUGAUAGUUUCGGGUGAGAUCCAUGCGAGUCUGGGUCAAUUAAGCGGAUCAAGCUGGGUUGGUGCAUUUGGAUACAAGUUUAGAAGGCAAUCGUUUCUCGCCUAAUUGAAAAGCUUGAAUCAGGCUACAUCCAAGAAUUCUCCUUUAAUUCUUUCAGGUCACACCGAUACAUAUACAUAUAGAGAGAGAGAGAUUUAGAGAGAGAGAGGAUGGGUUUCUGGUCAUUAUUUGAGGUGGCUUCUAUGCCAAUGUUGCAAGUGCUGAUAAUCACCAUAUUAGGAGCUUUAAUGGCAACUAAUUAUCUCAACCUUCUACCAGUGGAUGCGAGAAAGUCUCUCAACAAGAUUGUGUUCAUUGUGUUUACUCCCGCGCUCAUGUUUGCAAGUUUGGCUGAGACUGUCACUCUCCAAGACAUCAUCUCAUGGUGGUUUAUGCCUGUUAACAUUGGCCUAACCUUUGUCUUUGGGGGAAUACUAGGAUGGAUAGUAGUGAAAUUACUGAAGCCAGAGCAGUAUUUGGAAGGCCUAAUCAUCUCUACAUGUUCAAGCGGAAACCUGGGAAACAUUCUCCUCAUACUUGUGCCUGCAAUCUGUAGGGAAGAUGGCAGCCCUUUCGGUGAUGAUCACGACGCUUGUGCUGCCAUUGGACUCUCAUACUCGUCUUUCUCCAUGGCGCUUGGCGCAAUCUACAUAUGGACUUAUACUUACCAAGUAAUGCGAAGUUCAGCUCUGAAAUGCAAAGCACUAAAAGCAACUGAGGAGGUCAAGUUACCUAACAAAGAUUUUGAUGCUAAUGAGAACACUCAUCUUCUUGAGCGCGAAGAUCAAGAGCAUGUUGCUAUAGUCAUGCCAUCAACGAAAUCCACUGAAGACGAAGCAGAAAAUCGAACUAUUGUGCACCAAGUAUCCACCAGCAAGCUGGAGAAACCAAAUGCAUCAUUCUGGGAUAAACUAAAAGAAUUUCUGCGCCAGAUAUUGGAUGCGAUAUUAGAACCUCCAACCCUUGGUUCAAUUGUGGGAUUCAUCUUUGGGGCAACUCCAUGGUUGAGAAACCUUAUAAUUGGUGACACUGCACCUCUGCGAGUGAUCCAGGACUCUGUCAAGUUACUUGGGGAUGGAACAAUACCUUGCAUCACCCUCAUACUAGGAGGCAACCUCGUAGGCCUACGCAAGGCUAAAAUAAAACCAUUGAUCAUCGUUGCAGUCAUUUGUGUGAGAUACAUGAUACUUCCCCUGAUUGGAAUUGGUAUAUUUAAAGCAGCCAGCAAUCUCGGCUUCCUUCCAUCAGACCCCUUGUACCACUUUAUCCUAAUGAUUCAGUUUACACUGCCACCUGCAAUGAGUAUCGGUACCAUGGUCCAACUAUUCAAUGUGGGGCAAGAUGAGUGUUCGGUCCUCUUCCUGUGGACUUACCUGGUUGCAUCCAUUGCAGUCACAGUAUGGUCUACAGCCUUUAUGUGGAUCUUGUCCUGAAGACCUUUCGGCUCACCACAGAACAGCAAUAUUAAAACCCUUCCCAAAGUGUCCCCUAUAUGUAUUAAUUAUACACGGGAGGGAAAGACGAAAGAGACUCUCCACAGAAGGGGGGAGAACCACAGCAUUACUGAGUUAGACGUCGAAACAGUCCAUUGCUAAUGUACAUGUCUCUCUUUUUUUGUUUUGAUGUAAAUGAUUGUGUUCUUCAAGUAUGGUGAUUGAUAUCAAAAGCUAUGGAGUACAGAGCCUUGCUGAGAGCAUCUGUAUGUUGGUCUUAUAGAUUGAAUUACAAGCAAAUAUUUGAGUC